UGGAAUGUUGCAGCCCGCUUAAGCGGUGCCAUCUACAAGCAGGACAUUCUCCCGCAUCCAGCGGUUUGUUGCGAUGCUGCGCACUUUGAUUGCAGCUUUUCUGAUAUCCUCCAUUAACUUGGGAAGAGCAUCUUCGCUUCAGGGCAUGGACUUUUUGGACAUCGAUGACCUGGACUUUGCUGAUGGCACAGUCUUGGGCUUGCAGCGCGGGUACACUAUCCACAAGAAGGUUCCAAAGAGUGACAGACAGGAUAGCUCGGUACCUCGCAAAAAGGAAAAAGUCAGCACCCGGAAAGACGAUGGCCCUUCUGAAGCUCGAAGUGAUCCGAAACUCGUGCGAGCUCCGUCAGACGACAUCGAGAAACGAGCCAGCAGUAUUGUCCGUUCUGAGCCGGGCUAGUGCUGUUCACCCAGGGUUCCAGGGUUCCAGGUUUCCAGCCCAUUGACACCACUAGGGUCGCUAUUGCGACGAGUUUCCUGUAUAUUAGUCGCACCCCAGAAGUGCAUGUGGAAUCACAUGAAGUUUCACUCAGACUUUGGCCACGUCCGACCAAAAGAUUGACGCGCCUAGAACCCGAC